CUAAUUUUUGCUGUUAAAUGUUGGCAAAAUUGCUUAAUUACGUGCAUAGUAUUUAAAGUGGAAAAAUCCUCUAUCUUAUCAGUUGUUAUUUCAAAACAUAGAGCACUUAACGCAGUCCAGAGAGUGUACAUGAUAACCUAAAAUUGUUAAGUCAUUUUGUUGUUUUUUCUCAUUAUGUUGUGCAAAACAGGAUUGUUAAUCGUUUCUAAUCCAAAUAAAAUCGGUAAAAUACUGUCAAAAAUACAGAACAAUGUAAAAAAUACGCUUUACAUUCAAUUAUUGUCGACUUUGAGUGACCCCUUGGGUAAUUUUUAUCCCAACUUGUACAAUUCAUGGCCAAAAUACAGUCAAACUAUAUUUGGUAUUUAUUCCCAAGCAGCAACUCAUUGUAAAGAUUUGGAUGUGAGAGUACUCCUCUCGGGGUUAAAAUACAAUGUGGCCAAAAUAAAAACCUCCCAGCCCAUAGAUCUGGUGAUAUUCGACAAAACCCACAGCACAACCAACAUGGAUAAUUUUAUAACGAACCGCAUAGAGAACUUCUCCAAAAAUUGCAACGUACUAACACUGGACAGUGGUGAUUUUGAAGCCCCCGCAAUAAGUAGCAACGAAGGCGACAAAAUUUUUAAACACUCUGUCCUGGGGGGUACUUUCGACAGACUCCACAUAGCCCACAAGCUUCUAUUGAGCGAGGCUGCCUUGCGAUCCAGCGAUCAAGUUACCGUGGGGGUAACUGAAGAAAAUAUGCUGCAGACUAAGACUUUGUGGGAAUUGAUUGAACCUAUCGAGGUACGAACUGAGAAGGUAGCAGAUUUUUUGCAUGAUGUGUGUUCGGACUUGAAAUAUGAAAUUGUCCCCAUUAAUGAUCCCUAUGGGCCCUCCAUUAACGAUCCGGGCAUGGGGUUAAUAGUGGUGAGUCAGGAGACACUUAAAGGGGCUGAAAAAAUUAAUGAAAUAAGAAAACAGAAAAAUUUGCAACCUCUAGAGGUUAAACUUAUUGAAUUAAUAGAUGAACCCAAUCCUAACCCCAUAGAAGAGGCUAAAAUAAGCUCAAGUACCCACAGAAUUCGUUUGUUGGGGACUGUAAUAAACCCUAUAAAAAACAACGAAAAAAUCCCCCAAAAACCCUACAUAAUAGGACUGACAGGUGGUAUCGCCAGCGGUAAAACCAACAUAUCGAAAAACUUGAAAGAAUUGGGGGCAGAAAUAAUAAAUUGUGAUUUAAUAGCUCACGACGUCUAUAAAGCUGGUAAACCAACUUUCGAUAAAAUGGUCGAGCAUUUUGGCCAAUCCAUUAUUGGCGAGGACGGGGAAAUAGAUCGGAAAAAAGUUGGCCCCAUCGUUUUUAAAGACCCUAGAGAAUUAGAAGCUCUAAACAACAUAGUUUGGCCAGGAAUAGAGAAAGAAGUCCAGGAAAUCAUAAACCAGUCAAAAUCUCAGGUUAUUGUAAUAGAAGCAGCUGUUCUGUUUAAUGCAGGAUGGGAAAGAAAUUGCCAUGAAGUUUGGACAACUGUAGUUCCAAGAAGUGAAGCAAUUGAACGCCUCAAGUCCAGAAAUCAAAUGUCUGAAGAACAAGCCAAAAACAGAAUAGAAUCACAACCAAAAAAUACAGAUUACGUUAACAAAUCGAACGUCGUAUUUUGCACACUCUGGCCCUUUGAGUACACCAAACAACAAGUCAUCAAAGCUUGGGAACUACUGCAAAACAGAAUCCCAUCUUGAUUUUACAUUGUGAUCAGAUUUAUUGUAUAUAUGUAUAAAAUAAGCUUAUAAAUGGUUUUAUAUGUGUUAUUUUAUAAAGCGUUAAGGUUUUUUAAUGCUGUGAAUAUUAAAUAU